AUGAGAACAACUACAAUUUUAUUGGGGUGUGCCUUAGUGGCCAUUUGUCUUUCCUACUUACCAACAAUAGAAUGUCAAAGUUCAUCAACAUCAACAACAACAACAACAACUGCGGCUACCGAACCGGCAACGACUACAACGGCCGCUAGUGAUACCGCUACAACCACUGCCUCCUCAUCUGACACCACUUCAACCACAUCGACAUCAUCCAGCAGCGGAUCUAAGAAGACCAGAAGGAAGCACAAGUGGAAGGCCAUGAGAAAGCCUGGCAAGAAGGUUAUCAAGAGGCACCGCAAAGGAGGCCGAAAAAUUGAGGAAUUCAUUUUCUAA